GGCUCACCCGUCUCGUCCACUGCACCGCACACCGCGAGCUCGUCGGGCCAGCUCAGCAGUCUGGUGCUCACGCAGUUGAAUAUUUUGCUGAGCACCAUCAAUCACGACACUGACCAGGCCAAGUGGGAAGCACAGGCGGAGAAGAUCAGAAAACUGAUCGAUGAGAGCGGCAUGGAGCUAUUCACCACAUAUUUCCGCAGACUGCUCCAGAGCAAUGUCGGCACCAUCUUCACGCCCACAGCACGUGCGCCGACGGGCGCUGAGGCCGCUGGAAACUAUCAAUUGCUGCUGGAGGAGAUGCACAAGAUUCUCAAAGAUCCGCAGCAAGCAGACAAGAUCGCCCAGUCGCUAGACACCACCGAGACCGAGCUCUACCGCGACUUCGACCUCAAUGCAUUUGUCGACCAUUUUCCGCUAGACCCGCUAGCAAAAGUUGCAUUGGUCCUUCCGUGUCGCGCCGUCAACAAGAUGGACCUGCGAGCAAAAGCCGACGCCAUCCUCUCCCAGACCUUCCAAAGCUUCCUUUCCACACUCGCGACCCCACAACCCACCGACCCCGACAACGAGCUGUCGCCAUCCGUGCUUGCCGCCAUCGUCGACCGACUGCUUCAGGAACCACCACGAAACUGGGGUGAAGAGCAGCGCGAAAACCUCUUCUAUGCUAUACGCGUGAGAUAUAGCAGGCUCAAUACGAGAGACUCGCGUCUGGCCAAGCGCAUACAACAAGCGGGCCCGCGCGUGACCUCCAGCCUAGACGCCUGCAAAGACAUCUUAAGCGGAGUAGAGACACGCGACAUCUCAUAUCCUCAGAUCGCGAAUGUGCUACUCUUCAUGGUCAUCACUCAAAAUGGCGACGCAUACGACCCGGGCAUCUUCAUCGAGGCCGUGCGGCAACAUAAGGCAGGCGCACGCUUGGACUGGACAGAUGUGGUAUCGGGCUUCGACAAGGAGCAUCUGAGGGUGACGAAAAAGCAGUUCUUGGCUCUCUACAAUGCAUUGGUGCCCUUGGCAAAUGAGUACGCCAAUUUCGAUAUCCAGAGCCUGUGGGGACCAGGACCAGGUGGUCAGCCGUGGCAGUAUCCGGAGACACAACUGAGCUUUGUGGUUGCGUUCUUGUCCACGACGCCUGAGGAGUUGGACGUGAUGACCAUACCGAAUCUUCAGCAGGCAUUUGACCUGAGACAGUUUGCGACUGCGUCAGAGAAGGUGAAGGCGUACGCGGAGCAGGCCAUCAAGCAUCCGCUCGUCUCCAUGCAAGCCACUCGAACUCUGUUUGAGAUGAUCUUCAGGACGCAGGAGAGCUACAAUAUGGCCCAGGUGCUUGGCAUUCCCGAGAACAUCAUCAACCGAAACAUGACAGUGUUCGUCUGCGCUGCGUCCGCAGUGCCGAAACCCUGGCAACCACUGCAGGAGCAAGCCCUCAAACAGCUGUUCUACCCGUUCCUCCUCAAACAACAUGACAACUACGAGUUUGUCAUGCAUGCAUUAUGGCAGCACGACAAGUCGUGGGUUGCAACGAGGAUGGUCGAGUUCUACAACCAGGACCAGAAUCUCCUGAUACUAAUCUAUCAACAUGCGGAUGAGCAUGGCUGGCUAGAGCAGCUCUUCACCCUCACGACUGUCUUUGCUGUCGAUUUAGCCACCUACGCCCACGGUAAAGGAAAGUGUGACUUGGAAGAAUGGGCGCAACAGCAUGUCGCUCAGCUCGGACCAAUCCCAUUCGCCAGAGCUGUAGCCGAAUUCCUGAACACGAAGAUCGAGGAUGAGUCUCAAAUCCAGCGCGACCACGCACCGCCCAAAACGGUGCCGAUGAAGGCGAAAACGGUACAUGCCCUGCUCUCGCUCAUCCAGGAUGCAAUGCCACCCGAGUACGAGCUCGGUGGCCUUUUCCGAAGAUGCCUGCAAAGCUACCCGCGCUUGUUCAAUUAUGGCCAGGACGAAAAGCUGGAUGCCAUUAUCGAGGCUAACGGCGAACAGAGCAAUGUGCUUUCGGACUCUGCCACCAAAGACAUGGAAGAAAAGUACAAGGAAAUGUAUGGUGGCCAGACUAACCCAGACACGCUCGUCAACGACCUCAAUCGUCUCAAGGUCUCGGAAGAGCCCGCCGACCAAGAGCUGUUUGCAGCAAUGCUAUUCGGCCUGUUUGAAGAGUAUAAUUGCUUUGGUGAGUAUCCAAACGAGGCACUCGCAACCACGGCCGUGCUAUUCGGUGGACUGGUAUCCUACCAUGUUCUCUCGGGCGUAGCAGAGCAAGCUGCAAUCUUCAUGAUCUUCGAGGCCGUCACGGAGUACGGUCCCGAAGACCCUAUGUAUCGUUUCGGAUUGCAAGCACUCCUGCAUGUUCUUCCCAGACUCAAGGAGUGGCCACACCUGGCGGACAGGAUUCUGCAGACCCCAAGUCUCAGAGGAACACCAGCAGUACCAGCAGCCGAAAAUGUCCUCAAAGAGUUGCACGAGUCAAAUGCCGCACUUAGCGGGGAGGUCGCGAAUGGGAUCACCAAUGGAAUCGUCGAGGAAGAAUUUGGCGAGGUCGCUGCACCUACGUUCAGCGCUAUCCAAGUCGAUCCUCCUCUGCGCGAAAACUUCUACGAAGAUCCUGAUGAGGACGUCUCGGACAAGAUCAUGUUCGUCCUGAACAACGUCUCUAAGAGAAACCUCGACGAGAAGUUCAAGGAGAUUGAAGGCGCGGUGGAAGAGAAGUACCAUCAAUGGUUCGCCCAUUAUCUGGUUGAGGAGCUGGCCAAGUCGCAGCCAAAUUUCCAGAGUCUCUAUCUGCAGAUCUUGGACAAUUUCAAUCAGAAGAUGCUGUGGGCCGAAGUAUUGCGGGAGACUUACAUGAGCUGUCAGAAGAUGCUCAACGCGCAGUCGACAAUGGACAAUCCUCAGGAGCGAACUACGAUGAAGAAUCUGGCUGGCUGGCUUGGCUCCAUUACCCUUGCACGCAAUCAGCCGAUCCUUCAUCGCAAUCUAUCUUUCAAGGAUCUGCUUUUGGAAGGCCAAGACAAUGGACGUCUGCUGGUCGCGAUCCCGUUCACAUGCAAGACCUUGGUCCAAGCAGCUCAAUCCAAGGUGUUCCGACCGCCCAAUCCAUGGAUCGCUGAGUUGCUCGGCUUGCUGAGUGAGUUAUAUCACUGCAUGGACCUCAAGCUCAACAUGAAGUUUGAGAUCGAGAUGCUGUGUAGAGAAUUCGGUCUCGAUAUCAAAUCGAUUGAUCCGCUGGAUACUAUUCGCUCGCGGCCUGUCAUUGACCAAGGAAUGCUCCAGAACUAUCUCCCCGAUGGUCCUGAUGCGUUUGGUGACAUGGCGUUGAUGGGGCUCGCCAAGCGUGGUCCGAACGAGCGCUUUUCGCCAGAAGCUGUCAUCUCUGCUGUGCCGGAUCUCGGAAAUCUGCUACAGAUUCCUCAGCCAGUCGGUUCCAUCACUCAGCAGCAGAUGCGUAACAUCUUCGUCAACGCCUCUCAGCAAGCAAUCUACGAGAUCAUCGCCCCGGUCGUUGAGCGCUCCGUAACCAUUGCAAGCAUCAGCACUGCAGAGUUGAUCCAGAAGGACUUCAUUACAGAAGGCGAUGUCGACAAGAUGCGCAACUCGGCCCACACCGUCGUGAAGGCCCUCUCUGGUAGUCUGGCCUUGGUCACUUGCAAGGAGCCUCUGCGCAUGAGCAUUACCAACAACAUUCGCAUCAUGGCUUCUCGAGGUCUCCCUGAUCAGCUCCCCGAGGGCCAGAUCUUGAUGUUCGUCAACGACAACAUUGACAUAGUAUGCAGUCUGGUUGAACAAGCGGCAGAGAACCAUUCAUUGAACGAGAUUGAUCUCCAGCUUCAGCGGGCAUUAGACGAACGCCGCCAACACGCCCAGGAGAGACCAGACGAGCCCUUUGCGCAGACACCUGUCAGCCGCUGGGCAACUCUUAUCCCAGAUCCGUAUCGCCAAGACCAGAAUGGCCUCAAUCGCCAACAGCUUUCGAUCUACGAAGAGUUUGGUCGACAAGCACGCAUUCCGGCGCAGGCCCAUGGCAACCAAGGCUCGCAAGAUGGUCAAGGACGCCCCGCACAGGACGUACUUUCUGACAUCUACAUGCCACAGCUCACUCCAGCUGAGACGCCGGCGAUGCCUCGCAACACGCAGAAUCAUCGCUUGCAAGGACACGGAGCGCAGCAGGUCAAUGGCUUUAUCGAUCCAGCAACUGUCAUCCCACGCGUCUUUGAAGUGAUUCAGGAGAUCCAGCAAGCGACUCGGGAGGCCACGGAGGACCACGCUGGUGAGCUGAGCGACUCCAGCCCCGUCCGUCAUCUGUACAGCCAGAUUCUUGGAUUCUUGGAUGCGGUCCAGCAGUAUGAGCUUUACGUCCCGGUCCUGGCUGAUCGCGUGCUCAACAUCAUCUUCACCGAAUCCUCAAAGAAGCUGGAAACAGAAAUCCUCGCCAGACUCCUACAGACAUUUCAGCGGGCUCAUAAUCCCGUCAGUCGCCAAGUCAUCACCGCCAUCAUUAAUACUGAGAGCGAUAUCAUUUUUAAUGCGUCUGCGAUCACCGCGCUUAGCUCGCUGGAGUUGCUCGAGCCUCUACACAUUGAUGCCUUCAUGUCCAAGGCGUUCAAGCAGCGCCGAAUGGUCGCGCUCGCGUGUUUCCGCGACGUCUUGGAUGAGAUGCUGUUGAGAGAAAGCGCGCUGGCACUGCGCGCUGAGAUGGUGUUAUCAUACGAAGCGCUCGGCCAGUGGCUCGUAGAAGAGCCCCACAAUGAUCUUGCUCGCGAAGUCGUUUCGAAGCUGCAGCGACCUGCCAACCAAGUCAAUGGUAUGCCCAGUCCAGAAUCGGAGACGAGCAAAGGAAACUUGCAAGAAUACAUUUUCGAGGAGUGGGUGUCGCUGCAGCGAAGAGGCGUGCCUGUGCGAUCUCACCUGGCAUUUGUUCAACAAUUGCACGAGAAGAACAUCAUCACUGGACCAGAAGACGCAUUAGGAUUCGUUCGACACAGCCUCGAGUACUCGAUCAUGCAGUUCAAUGCCGAGAGCGGCAUUCCAUAUGCAUCUCAGGACAAGGCAUACGUCGCUAUUGAUGCAUUCGCCAGGCUGAUAAUGCUCAUCGUCAUGUAUCAAGCGCCAUCUAGCGGCGAACCAAUUAACAAGCCAAAGUCUUUGGAGGCCAUGAUCCGCCUGAUCGUUCUGGUUAUGGCCGACCACCACAACAAGCAGCGCGAGCACUGGAAUGGAAGAGUCUACUUCAGGCUCUUCUCAAGUCUGCUCGUCGAGUUGAAUGACCAUCGCGAGCAGCUCACAGCAGAGCAGAACCAAGAUGCUUUCAAAGUGUUCGCGACUACCUUGCAGGUGCUUCAGCCACGAUAUUUCUCUGGCUUCCUCUAUCACUGGCUCGCACUGUUGAGCCACCGCCUCCUGGUCCCAGCCUUCAUCAGUCCAGCGGGUCGCGCUAAUGGCGGCUGGAACACCUAUGUGAAGCUGCUGACAGUCCUCUUCGACAACCUCGGUGAGCUUCUCUUGGUACCAGAGGUUUCGCCUGUUUCCGUCGACUUCUAUCGCGGCAUUUUCCGAUUCAUGAUAAGCAUUGAGCACGACUUCCCAGAGUUUCUGGUGGAGAAUCACAUGCAGCUCAAUGCGAGCAUCCCUCUACAGUGCUUGCAGCUACGCAACAUCAUCAACAACGCCUGUCCACGCGCUCUCGCGGUCGACCAACCAGACCCAUUCACCAGUGGACUCAAGAUUAAUAGGCUUGAACAGGUUCGGCAGGCACCAACCGUGCACUGCGACACCAGCAAGGUACUUGAUGAGGCCACUAUCAAGCCUAUCGUUGACAAGGUUAUCGCCAUGCUUGAGCUGAGCGAUGAAGAAUUCGAAGCUGUGCUGGCUGUCGUUGACAGAGAGGACGGACACAUCAGUAGCAUCCUUAUCAAUGCUCUUGUCCUGCACAUCGGAAUUCACGCUACAUCCGCAUCGUCGGUAUUCUCCUCGGCGGCACCCCCGGCUAAGCUUCUCGAACGACUCAUUAAGGAGAGCCGUGCAGAGGCGCGCUACCACAUUCUUUCAGCGAUGGCUAACCAAGUCCGCUUCGUCAACUCGCAUACGCACUAUUUCUCGACUGCUUUGCAGCACAUCUUUGGUACAAGCGGCCAGGAAGUGCAGGAGCAGAUCUUGCGCAUUCUGUGCGAGCGCGUGCUCGUUCCAAGACCACAUCCAUGGGGCAUUAUAGUAAUGCUGCUCGAGAUGAUGAAGAACCCCAACUAUGGUCUUUGGGAUCUACCAUGGAUUAAGGCAUCGCCAAGCAUCGAGAGCCUGCUCGUCAAUCUCGCUCAGGGACAGGAGCAGCGAGCGCAAUUCGGAGGCAGAAGUCCACUCGCUGGAUUCUAA